UCGGUUUGCGAAAUCCCAAUCGUAUAUUUCAGACAAUCUAACUCCCAAGAUGGCACACAAAGUUUUUCGUCAUACUAUGAUACUAGAAAAGUUUCUUGUUUGAAUGCUAUCUAAUAUAUAAGAUGCAUGCAAGAAACUGCACACCUGAAAGACACUUCUGAGUUCAGUUUCCUCAAUAUUUUUCCUUUUUCGUAAGUCAAAACAGAAAACAAAAUGGCAGAUGACGCAGGACACAAGGCUAUGUUGUAUUUCUUGGAGAUUCUUAUGAACAGUCCUGCUCCGUUAACCAUAAGUCAGCUGGCAGGGCGAUUUGGAAGCAGGAAUUUUACCUCAGAAAUGAGACAAGCUGCCGGAGGAAAUGAAACUGGACUGAAGAAAUUUCUUCAGAAAUAUCCGUCUCUCUUCACUGUAAAUGGAAACUUGGUGUGCUUAAAUGAUGGAACAGCCUCACUUGGGAGUAACUUUCGUGAAAGCAGUCCUGCUUCCUCUACAGGUCUUCCAGAAGUUUCGGUGGAGACAGAAGCCGUCCAGUACUUCAGAGGGAAAAUGUUAAAGAAAGGCGAGAAGUGGAUGCCCAUCAACAGUCUAGCUGGCCACUUGUCUCAAGCCAGUUCCGAAAUCCGAGAGUGUGUUGGGCCACAAAGUGAGUUCAAAGACUGGCUUUUAAGACAUCCUCUUAUUUUCGAAGUAGAUGGAGAGAAUGUCAGUUUGAAGGACAACAUCACUUACAGUGCCAUCAAUCCAAAUGCAGAAGCCAUCGAAGAUGUGGAACUAAAAUCCAGGUUCAACAAGAUUGAGAAAGAACAGUUCGCCCCUCCAUUGACUCCAAAGAACAAACGAAGGCCCAAGUCUUUGGACAUGCUCGAACCCAGGUCACCUCUUAUGUCUCCUCGGUCUCCCAUGGUUAACAGAAAUCUUCCAACACCCAGUCCCAGCCCCAGGUCUGGACCUGCCACAAUGACAGCCAAUGAGUACAAGGCUGUCAUGUUCAUUAAGAGUAUUAUUGAGAAAAAAGGGGAUAUGAAGCUAGCUGCCCUCACUGGACAUUUUAGCCAGGCUCCAGAAAGUUUGAGGAACACUAUUGGUUGGACAAAGAAUGACCUGAGCAAAUUCCUUGCAGCUCAUGGUAAUAUAUUUACCAUUACAGAAGAUGAAGUUGUGUCUGUGAUCAAGAACGCAAGGCUAAAUGUCAUUAUUACAGGCAGUCGACCUCAAGUCAGUCCGAAACCUGUCGUUACAGCCAGGAAAGGGCGAAUAUAUCACAUUGCCAAAUUAUGGGGCAUUAUAGAUUUAGGGCGUCAUGAACAUGUGUUCAUUGACAGGAACAUAUUUGGAAAACAUAUUGAUGAUUUAAAUAAGCUUCUAACUGUUGGAGAAAUGGUUUGUUUUGAUGCAAUUCCAGCCCCCAAAGGUAGUCGAGCUAGAUGGAGAGCAACAAAAAUUUGGAAAGAGAACGAGUCCAUUGAAGAUCUGAUAGAAAAGGUGGCUACACGCUUACAGCUGCCUCUAGAUGGAAUACCAUACAAGGAGCCUCCUAGCCCAAUAGCUAACAUUGAUGAAGAAAUGCGCAGAAUAAUUCCAGAGUUGAACGACAGCAGUAUUACGGCAGUGCCUAUCAGUGUCGGAGGAAUCAAGUAUGCUUUUGCUGAUGCAGUGCCAAGUGGUACAGGAGUGGUACCAGUGUGGAACUUCAAACAUGCGGAAUUAGAGGGCAUGAAAGAUGUUGAUGAUUUGGAUUUAAGUGAUGAAAACGAAUCUCCAAAUCUAUCCAUGGUGGCUGAAAGGUACUACAUGAAUAGAUCUGUGUUGGGCGAUAGUCCAAGAGAUGAGAAAUCCCUCUCUAAUGGACACAUCGAUGAGUCUGUAUUAGUUCUGGCUGAUGAUGAAAAACCCCGGGACACAUCCCCCAAAAAGAAGACGGCUGACGCAGGAUGUCAGACAAUUGUUACAGGGGAAGUUCUUGCCACUCAGCUUUUCCAUGAAGAGUUUUGAUUAUAUAUUUUUUUGUUUUUUACUGUCUAUACUGUUCAGUAUCCCACAAUGAGAUUUGUCUUUUCACUGAAUUGGUUUCUAGUUGGACACAUGUAUAUUGUGGUUUUUUGUGCAAUGGAUAUUUAUUUUUCAGCAUGCAUUGUUAGUGACCACUUGAAGACAAUUGCCAGAAUAUUGAAUUUGUUUGGUUCACAUUGUUAUUUAUUAAUUAUUAGAAUUUUAAGAGGUAAGUUGCAUGUAUGUUUGUGCUUUUGAAUUAAAAACCAUGUCUAUGUAGGCCCCUGAGGUCAUUUUUAUUUAGAUAAGUGUUCACAAAAUACACCUUGUCUAAACUCUUGAAUUGUACACUUUUAUAGCUUUUCUAAAAAGGCCAUAGCAAAUAGUUUUUUUUUCAAUAUCCAUGAUGUCCUUGUAGAACUUAGUAAAAAAAAAAUAUUGACAAAGGGUGGAUAUAAUUUUUUAUAUUUGCUAAAUAGACAUAGAUUGGACUUUGAACUAUUGAUGUUGUGCUAUUAUUGAAUUUUACAUCUGUGCCUUUAUCUUCGCAUUCAAUGUAUUUUCAUAACAAGUGGUUUUAUUAAGUCUUACCUGAUCCUGAAAGCACCAGAAACAAAACCAUAUCUAUCCAUAUAUACACACACUGUAUAUAUUAUGUCUAUAUGUACAAGCUAAGAAAUUUCCCUUCUUUUCUUUUCCUUUAUUUCUUUAUUUAUUUUUUCCAUUUUUGAAUUUUUCUGCCAGAUAUGAAUCAGGAGAUGUAGUAAGUUACUAUGGGUUGUGAUUUUUUUUUCAUUAUUUUUUGGGGGUAAAUGAUUUGUGAAACAAAUUGAACUUCGUCAAUUUUUGGGGUUUUUGUUAACAUUUUCAAGAAUGGGUAAAUGGAUUUUCAAACAUAAUGAGUUUAUUUAGCUGAUUUAUGCCUUAAAGUGUAGGAUUGACUGAUUGUGAUAGACUAUACAAUGUAUGAAUGCAUAGAUUUAAUAGUAUGGUGCAGUACUUUUAUAUGUAUAUUUUUAUGGUCAUGUUUUUCUUAUAUAUCUUUUACCAGUUGACUGGAAAUAACCUUUUGGUGAUCAUGCACCCAUUCGAAUCUGUUACUAACAUGAUUACAUCUGAUUCAUUUUGAACGAAAAUCAGUAUGCAAUUUUACGUAAGCGCAUCACUGUGUGAUCAAUUUUUUAUAAAUAUUGAAUUUCAUUUACACCAAGUGUUACUCUUCAAAAGAGAGGGGUUUAAGGACGUGUUACCCUCUGCUGAAAUUUUUCUGUAACAAAGACAGAUGGAGAUAGAAAAAUUAAUUCAAACAAAUUUAGUAUACAGUGAAACAUGGUUACAGUGAACAUGCUCAUAAUGGAUUCAUGUUUACAGUGAAAUGAUUUUUUAUUCCUUGCAGUAUUAAAAGCUAUUGUGAACUUAUGGGUUGAAGCAAAUUCCAUCUAUUUUGUCUCCAUCUCUUAACCAUAAACAAAUGAGCUUGUUUUUACUCUUAACGAAUGGGGCAAAUUGUGAAAAAAUUCUAAUUUUAAUAAAAGUAAAAUCAUCAUUGUUAGAAUUAUCUCCACUUAGCAGAGGGUUAUAUCACUUUAACAUGGCUGUGUUUGUAUUUUUUUAUUUAAAAAAAAAACGACUGUUUUCAUGCAUUACUUUCUGGGAAUGUUUCUUUUUGCAUUUUCUUUUUGGGAAGAGUUUUACUUCUAAAGUAUUUGUAAAUUUAUAUGAUGAAUUUGAAAAUUUGUUGGACAUUUAAGGAUAUACCCCCCGGUAAUUGAAAGAUUUUCAUCCAUUUAUCAAAAUGGAAAAUACUUGACAAGAGUUUCUAUAAAUGAUUUUUAUUGCCAAUGUGGUAUUUUAAUUUUAACACUGCCUUUUUGAGUACGAAAAAAUGUUCCAUCUGUUUCCAAUAAUGUAUUUUACUUUAUCUUUAAAUGUGUUCCUUAGUAUUGUUUCAUUUCCUAAAUCUGAUUCCUUCUUAAUUAUCAACAAUUUUAAACAGAAAUUAUGAAUUAUAAUUUUUUUCUCCUUUAUGCAUUCUUUUCUUGACAUUGAUGUGAAAGUUUGUGACUCUAAACUCAUUUACAGUGGAUGAUCACUAUAAUAUUCCUUCUGCUAAAUUGUCAGAUACAAUGUAAUUUAAAUAGGCUAUGAUGAGUAAAAGUUUUAUGUUUUUCUGUUUGAGCAAUCAAGUAAUAAUAUACUGUAAAUUAGUUAAGUAGUAUGCAAGCUUUCACCAUGUAAUCUAGUCAUCCCUGGUGACAAUGGGGAGUUUCGAAAGAAGACGAAAAACUUUUUCGAGAAGCCUUCUGAAAUGUCUUCUUUUUAAAAAAAAAAAAUAUGCUGUUUUCUGGAAGGCUUAUGUGAUAUUCUUAACAUGGCAUAAUUCAGUGCUUGACAAUUUCAUAUUGCUGUGGAAAUUUAUGAAUGAGAAAUUGAAACCAGCUUAUUCAUAAUCAGAAAAUCUUUUGUGAAUGGAAUUUAAUAAUAGUAAACAUUAAUUGAUUGAUUAAUCUGAGUAGAAAUUAUGGAUUAUUUUAAAUUAUAUGAAAGUAGAUUUUGAUUGUAGAUUUUAACAAUAUAACUUUUUAGUUGUAAAAAAAAAAUAAUUAUUCUUGUAAUAGCCAAGAUAAGUAGUAUAUGUCUUGUCAAAGUAUAAAUUAUUCUCAGUGUACUUGUAUGUUAACUACCUCAUAUCAAUAAUAUGAAAAUUUAUCAACCAAAGAUAGCAUUCGAUGUAAACUUUAUAUCCAGGGUAUAUGGUCAUUAUACAGGAUUUAUCAAAUAAUAGGUAGAAAAAAAUAAAAAUAUAUUUGACCAAAGGAAAUGCAGAAAAAAUAACUUCUCAGAUAGAAAAGACUUGUUCAGAAGCACUUGCGUUGUUUUCUUGCAGCAUCUGAAACCAUCUCUCCCUUUUUUCAAAUGUGUUUUUUCAUACAAAAUUAAGGCACCACUUUGGUCAAAACCUACAUUUUAUGUAUAUAAGGUGUUUAAGCAUAUUUAAAUGCAAGCAUUGAAUAAAGAUUACAAAUUUGUGA